UGAAGGGCACAGCAGGUGUGCGUCCUGGAGACUCCCAUUACCUUUUCCUUCGAGAUGGCUGUGCAGGUCCCCAGCUUCCUCCUCACAGCAGCUGUGGUGCUGAUGGUGCUGAGCAGCCCGGGGGCCGCGGGCAGAGACUCCCCAAGGGAUUUCGUGAUCCAGUUCAAGGGCCUGUGCUACUUCACCAACGGGACGCAGCGCGUGCGGGGUGUGGACAGAUACGUCUACAACCGGGAGGAGUUCUUGCGCUACGACAGCGACGUGGGCAAGUUCAUCGCGGUGACCGAGCGGGGGCGGGGCAUAGCCGAGGACUUCAACAGCCAGAAGGAGAUCCUGGAGCAGAAGCGGGCCGAGACGGACACGGUGUGCAGACACAACUACGAGAAGACGGAGGUCCCCACCGCCCUGAGGCGGCGUGAGCAGCCCAAGGUGGCCAUCUACCUGUCCAGGACAGAGGUCCUCAACCACCACAACAGGCUGGUCUGCUCGGUGACAGAUUUCUACCCGGCCCACAUCAAAGUGCACUGGCUCCGGAAUGGCCAGGAGCAGACGGAGGGGGUUGAGUCUACACAGCUUAUUCAGAACGGGGACUGGACUUACCAGGUCCUGGUGAUGCUGGAGAUGACCCCUCAGCGGGGAGAUGUCUACACCUGCCACGUGGAGCACCCCAGCCUGCAGAGCCCCGUCACUGUGGAGUGGAGGGCACAGUCUGAGUCUGCCCAGAGCAAGAUGCUGAGCGGCAUUGGGGGCUUUGUGCUGGGGCUCAUCUUCCUCGGGCUGGGCCUUUUCGUCCGUCACAGGAGUCAGAAGGGGCUCCUACAGUGA